AAUUAAGAAUUCAUUCUUUGCUAGUUUUUUGUUAUUUAGUAACUUACCACUUUUAGGGGCUUUCUGCUAGCAAUUGGAAUACAAUCAGAAGAAUUUUUCCUUAGCACUUGCAGCAUGGAGGGAGGGUCCUAGCACAAGUGGGUAGAGGAGAACUGGUAAUGAUUUUUCCAGGUAUAUUCCCAGAGAGCGGAUAAUUCAAGAGGUAAAGCAAUUCCUUUUUUUAAAAAGGCACAUAUUGAAUUAUAUAAUAUUACUCUCAUCCAGUGUAGCCUUAAUUCUAAAGCAAUUUAUUAUCUCAUUCUGUCCUACAAUAUCCUAGCAAAAAUUCUGUCACCAAUUGGAUGCUUAUGAUUGUCACAAAACUUAGUAAAAAUGUGACUGUAUAUAUUUUUAAAAAAGGAAAAGACAAGUGGGGUGCAGAAGGUGAUUGAAUUCUAAAAAAUACCAGCAGUUUUGCCCAUCAUAAACCAGGAAAUGUGUAAUGCAGGGGAAAUUGAAGCAAAUCCACCAAGACCUGAAAAUAAUGAGGAUACUCAGUUCACCUUGGAGAAUUUCAGCCAAACAGCGUCCGGAGGUGCAUUUGUGGUAUCACAAGUCCCAAGCCUUCCCUUGCCUGACCUAUACCUACCAAGUCAAAUCACAGACCUUGAUGCCAUACCUCAUGAGGAUGAGAUUGUUCUUACAUGGACAGCACCAGGAGAUGAUUUUGAUGUUGGAAAAGUUCAACAUUGUAUCAUAAGUGGAAGUAUCCUUGAUCUAAGAGACAGUUUUGAUGAUGCUCUUCAAGUAAAUACUACUGAUCUGUCACAAAAGGAGGCCAACUCCAAGGAAAUCUUUGCAUUUAAACCGGGAAAUAUCUCAGAAGAAAAUGCAACCCACAUAUUUAUUGCCAUUAAAAGUAUACAUAAAAGCAAUUUGACAUCGGAAGUCUCCAGCAUUGCACAAGUAGCUUUGUUUAUCCCCCAAGCAAAUCCUGAUAAAAAGUAUACUACUCCUGCUCCUGACAAAAAUUAUACUCUCCUAUUCCUGACAAAAAUUAUUCUACUCCUAUUCCUGAUAAAAAUCAUCAUUCUGGAGUUAAUAUUUCUACCCUGGUAUUGUCUGUGGUUGGGUCUGUUGUAAUUGUUAGCAUUAUUUUAAGUACCACUAUUUGAAUCUUAACGAGGAAAAAAUCUACAAGUAGACCUAGAACAGGGUUUUAAAAAACAAAAUAUGUUAAGUAAAAGAUAUUUCUGAACCUCAAAAUUCAUCCCGUGUAUGAUCAUAAACUCAUAUAAAUAAUUUUAAAUGUCUGAAAAGGAUACUUGGAUUAAAUAAAACAUCUAUGGAUAUGUAAAGAACUGUGUCAAGAUUUAAAUUUAAUAAUUUUAAUUGUUAUUUUAUUUGUAAGAAUUAGUGAUGGACAAAAAUCCUUUUUCAUAUUGAUUCCUGGUUGUAUAUUAUUUGAUACAACAGUUUUCUGAAAUGAUAUUUCAAAUUUCAUCAAGAAAUGUAAAUUUUCUAUUUGAGUAGUCAAAAUACAAGGAAAGCAAAUAAACAUUUGG